AUGGCUGUUAACCAUAAGGUCGCUUCACAAUCACUGUUUCCUGCCACUCCCUUACCUCCAAAUCUUCCCCAUCCCCUCUUUUUCCCAAAACUUCCUCCCCCCCCCUUCUCCUUCCUCCCCCUUCCCUCCCCCUUCCCUCCCCCUUCCCUCCCCCUUCCCUCCCCCCUCCCCCACGCCCCCCUCCCCCCCGGCUUCCCUUUUCCUCCCGCUCCCUCCCUCCUUCGCAUUACAGAGGAGGUGGGACCCAAGACCUUUGCUGUGCGCCUGGUGUCAACAAAAGGGUGGAAAGACUCGGUCUGUAAUGGUGUCUGGCAUGUGGUGACAGUUGUGCAACCACCACUCCUCCUCACCUCGCUCUCUCCCCGCUUCCCCUCUUUCCGUCUCAUCACAGAGGAGGUGGGACCCAAGACCUUUGCCAUUCGCCUUGUGUCAACCUAA